AUGAUGAAAUUGGGAGAAGAAUCACUAUAUAUAGCCAUCUUUUUUUCAAUAAUUUAGUUGCUUUAGUUAUUAUAUUUGGCUUUUGGACCUAAAAUUUUGUAUGUUUGGAAUAAUGAAGAAGCAGCAACAAAUCUCAAAAAUAUUUUAUCGUAAAAAUGUUGAUAAUAAUAAGCUAUUUCGUUAUAAGUGCACACUUAAUAGAUCAAAAAUUAGAGCUUUAUUUAGUAUUUUUUUACUUAUUCUUUGGAUUAUUAGUCCUAUCUAUAGUGUUAUUUAUUAUAUUUGCAUUCGCUUUUAAAGUAGCUAUUCUACCUUUAUUACUACUAAAAUCAUUGUUGAAGCUAUUUUUAACAAUAGGAUUUCUACCAAUUAUGCUAUUAUUUUUUGGAGUAUAUUAUUGAUUUUCUACAUUUUAUAGCUUCUAUCUUGUUAAGUAAAUAGUAAAGGAAUUGAUGUUUGGUUUUAUAAUUCAAAUAUUGAAUGCUGGGGAGAAGAACACUAUAUACAUGGUAUUUUUGCAAUAAUUGCUAUAUUCUUUUUUCAAAUUGUGACUAGUUCUACAUGCUUAAUUUAUUUUGAGAGUAAGUGUGUUUAUGGAAAUGCUUAUGCAUAACGAUCUGGAAGACCAUAUUCUUAUUAUCAUAUCAAUGUAUUCAUCAUUAUAAUGUCAUAUUAAUUACUUGAAACACCAAGAUUUAGCUCUUUAUUAUUAACAAUCUUCACUAUAUCUAGUUUUUUUCUGUUUUAUCAAAUUCAUACAGAAAAACCAUUUUAUAAUAGAGUAAUUUAAAAAUUAUGGUCUAUAAUUACAGCUUUGAAUUUUUGGACUUCUAUAAUGCUUAUAUUUGCAUAUCUUUUAGAAGGUUAAUACUUUAGAGAUGUCAUUUGGGGAUGGGUAGGUGGAAUACCAUUAAUUACAUUGAUUAUAAUAAAUGAGUAAAUUUUUGAAGUUGAUUUGUUGAGUUCAAAUAUCAAUAGAGCAAUAUCAGGAUAGUAGAUAAUUAUAUUAUGUGAGUAUUUAUUAUAAUUAUUGGAUAAGAAUGAUUAACAUUCAUCAUUAAUGUUAGAUGGAUUUAUAGAAAUACACAAAUAAACAUGUUAUAGAAAUGAUUGUGUAUUAAAAUCAAAAAAGAGUUUGAAUGAUAAAAAUAGACAUGUUUCUCUUCAUGAUAUGGAAAGAUAUACAGUAUUUAUAGAAUUGAUUAGUUAAAUUUAUUAUGAUGGUAUUAAACAGUUUCCAUAAGAUGUAUUUUUAAGAUUAAAUUAUUCAUAUUUUUUAAUAGACAGACUAAAAUUAAAAUAAUAAGCAUUAAGUGAAUUGUAAUAGGCAGAAUAAAGUGGUCCAAGUUUUGAUCAUGAAUUUAUCAUUUAUAGAUAUAAAAGAAUAAUGGAAGAUGAUUUGUAAGAACAACAAUAAGAGAAUUUAAAUCAAGUUGAUUUAGUAACAGAAAUUGCCUUUUAAACUUAGAGCAAAUAAUUGAUUUAAUAAAUAGAGAAAACUUCACUUAUAUAUAUAGAUUUCUGGGCUUAAUUAUAAGAGGAGGUUCCAGAUAUUGGUAGAAUUAAUUAUUUGGGAUUUAAAAUAUUAGAUUCAGUAAAUUUAGUUUAAGAAUAAUGGAAUAGAUUAAAGAGAUUAAAUUAAAAGGCUUCAAAAUUGAAUCGUUUGAUGGGUAAAUAUUAUUCACAAGUAUUAAAUGAUGAAGAAAUGGGAUCAAAGUUGAUUUAAUAAAGUCGAAUAAAUUAGAAUGAUAAAUUUAAGGCUAUUGAUUUGGAAGAAAUUUAAAAUGAAUGUUUAGCUACAAUAACAAUAUUGACUGAUGUAGAUAAAUUAGGAAUAAUUAGCAAUCUUAAUAAAGCAGCAUGUAGUUUAUUGGGAUAUGCUAAAACUGAUUUAGUAAAUAGAAAAUUAAAUUUGAUAUAACCAGAUCUGUAAUUAUAAAUAAAUAAUUCUUAGUUUUUCAAAGUAUCAUGAUCAUUUUCUUGAGAAUUUUUUAGAUAAGUUUCAAGACAAUUACUCUAAUUAUUAGGUUAAAGAAAAAUCAAUAUAUGUUAAAAAUAAAUAAGGAUAUAUAAUGCCUUGUUAAUUAAAUAUAAGAAUGAUAUAGACUAUUAAUUCAGGUGUUUUUAUGUGUGGAACAAUCAAACAAGAUAUCUAUCAUAAACCUUUGAGUAUAUUUUUAUGUUAAACUAAUGGCAUAAUAGAAAAUAUAAAUUCUACAUGUAUAAGGAUGUUUGGAUUGGAAUUGAAAUCAAUUACAAUUAAACCUAUCAAUAUUAUAGAUAUAUUUCCAGAUAUAUUUGAACGCAAAGAAGAAUUAUUAUAAAAGGCAGGAGGAAUUGUAAGUUAUACAUUUAGAACUCGAUCUUCUAAGAAUGAUACUUCUCAUAAUUCCUUAUAAGAUUUAGAAAUAGAAAAUUCAUAAUAAUUUGAAAACUAAACUAAAUAAUAAGUAUUUUAUUAAUGCUUUCUAUAAGAAAUUAAAUUUCAAUGUAUAGAAGAUGAAAUCAUUUAAAAUAAAUUAUAAGGAUAUAUAAUAAAAUUGGAGAAAAUUAAAUCUUAAUCAAAAGUUUAAUUACUAACUAAAAAUAAGACAAUUUAAAAUUAGUUUUAAUUUAAAUUCAAUUACUAAUCAUUAAUUUAUGUGCUUGAUUUUACAAAUGGAUUAGACUCUUAGGAUGUUACAGUAAAAGUAGAUUAAAGUAUUAUUUGGGAGGAUUAAACAAAAAUAUCAUAAUAAAUCUUGAAUGAUCCAUAGGUACAAGGUAGUGAUAGUCAAAUAAAUUAUUCUGAAGGAAUCAAGAUUGUUAGAUUGAUUGGAGAUCGAAUUGUAGAAAUAGAAGAAUCUAAAUCAGAUGAAUAUGAAGAUGAAAAUAUGUAGAGUUUAUUUGAAUAAAAUGAAAAUAAUGAGGAAGAUUAAAAGAAUGAGAAAGAUACAGUAAAUUUAUAUAGAUCAAAAGCUUAAUUAGAAUAGUUGUUGUCUUAAUCAAAAAUACCUAGAACUGCAACCAAUUUUAGAAUAUUCAUAAAUAUAAUAACAUUAGUAUUAGUGUUGAUAGCCUUUUUAGAAUAUUUCAUAAAUUCUAAUUUCAAUUAAAAUUUAAUGGAUUCUUUACCUUUGGUCUCAUAGAAUAACCAAAGAUCAAGUACUUUAAUGGGUGUUUAAUCAGUUGUUCAAGAUCUAAAAGCUGUGCAUUAUGACUAUUUUCCAAUGUUGAAAGACCCUUAAUCAGGUUAUUUAUAUGUUGAAAAGUAAUUUAGAGGAUGGUUAGAUAAAGAAUUACAAUAAUUGAUAAAACUAUAGAAGGAUUUGACUUUGGUUUCUGCUGAGAUUAGUGAGGAUUAUAAAUGGUUUGAAGAUUAAUAUUAAAUGUAAAAUGUUGAAAUGUCAUCUUUGGAAGGUGGAACUUAAAAUUAUACAUUUAAUGAAGCAGUCUAAUCAGCAAUUGCAAAAGCUUUAUAAAUAAAUAGUAGCAUUUUGGAUGAUAUUAAUGAUCAGAAUAGUGAUGUAUAUUAUAUUGAGUAUAAUGUUUUCAAUUCUUUAACUUCAGGUUUAACUAUUCCAGCUGAAUAUUUUAAAUACAAUAUAAAAUCAAGAGGGGAAAUUUUAGAAACAUCAGUAACUGCAUUUUUAACAGCAGCAUCUGUCAUAUUAUUUUUUUUGUAUUUUUUUAAAUAAAUAUUAGGAUUUGUUUAAUUAUUCUAUUUAUAAUUAAGAUCUAAGUAGUCAAUUAAGCUGCUUUGCAAUUAUUUUUAGAUUUGGAUUAGAAAAAGAUAAAGUCAAUCUAUGUUAAAUGUGAGAAUUUCAUUACAAGUCUUCAAGUAGGAGAUGAAGAUGAUGAUGAGGUUAAUUUAAUGAUUAAAUUUCAUAGUUCUUUUCUGAUAAUGAUGAAAAAGAAGAGGAAAAUGAUAAUAAAGAAAAAGAAGAAGGAGAUCAUUUACUAAAUGGAAGAAAAAGGAGAAAGAAGUUUAGAAACUCUAAUCAAAAUUACAAACAUUAAAUAUUAGCUUUACUUUUAGUUAUUGUAGUCAUGGGUGCUUAUUUUACUUUUUUAUUUGUUUCUGUUUAGGUAAUAUCUAUUUUAUUAAUUUUCAGUCUGAAACAUCUAAUAUAAUAGAUCUAAUACCAGUCUUUAAUUAAACCUCUUUUGCAGAAUGCUAUUACAGGUAUUCUGAUAAUGCUUUAAGAAAAUCAUUAGAAGUUGAAUAAUACAUGUUUGUUGGUAACCCUUCAAGUGAAAUUUUGAAUUUUUUGAUUGCUGACUUAUAUAAUUUGGAUGCAGCCAUUCAUUAAAUUCAUUCUUCCAAUUCAGAUAUUCUAAGUUCAGAAUAUUUAGAUGUAAAGAUUAAUUAAAAUUAUAUAGGUGUUCAACAAUAUAUUUAUAUUAACUCCUUGUGAUUACAUAGUUUAAAUUGAUGAAGAAAUUAAUUAUGAAACUUGUUUAAAUUUUAAUGAUGGAGUACUACAACAAGGUUUAUCAAUUGGAAUGGCAAAAUACUUUGAAAGUUAUAGAUAAGUCUUGAACUCUUAUAAUUCAUUUAAUGAAUCAAAUGAAUAUAAUCUGACUUAUAAUAUUUCUGAAAAUAAGAGACUAAAUUAUAUGAUUAAUUUAAUUAAUACUGGUUAGGCUCAUAAUAUGAGAUUGAUGUAGGAAAGAUAUAUUAAGGCUGCUUACGAGUAUAUUAAUUAAGCAUUAACUAAAUCAGUGAAAAAAUAUGUUAAUAAUAAUAAAAGCUUGAAAGUUGCACUAUUUAUCAGUUUCAAUAUAUUUCUCUUUUUUAUUUACUUUUUUAUAUGGAUUCCACUUGUGUUCCGUAUUUUGAGUGAUAUGCUCAAAAAUCGAUUAAUGUUAACAAUAAUACCAUUAUAAGUUAUUCAUAGAACUGCAUCAAUAAGACAAUACAUAAGAAAAAUUAUUAAUCAUUGA